AUAGGAUGUUUUUUGUGCGUGAUUCGGCUUUUUGCGUGUGGCAUGCCGAGAUUGCUGUGCAAGCUAUGUAAUGCUUCCGGCCUGCCAUCUUCCAAGUCAAUCUGAGGAUUUUACAGAUUCACAUCCUGUGGAACAACCCUCCACGGUAGUUUCGGCCAGGCCGCUGUGAUGUCGUCUUAGGGAUGGCAGCCGUCGACUGAUGGCGGCUAGAAAAUCUGGAGUGACGUGACAGGAUUGUUAUAUGUCAAUACAACGCCCAAAUACAGUCUGUCCCGAUGGUCGUGCCUUGGCAUGGGUGCCAAUGUCAUGUCCACCAUAGCAGAACUAAUUGAGCGUUGGGGCUUCACACCCGUCCUACACCCUACCACUUAUAAGAACGAGGUGGUAUUGGAGCCCGGGGACGAUGCCGCUGAACUGCAGCCCCGUGACUAUGUUCCCGGGGACCCGGAGAAGGCCGACGCGAUCAAACUCGACGAGAAAGAUACGAACAGGAAUUCCGGACUCAAUAGCUUCACGACGUCCCAUUCCCGUUCCUUGACGAAAAUCCAAGAGAUCGCGCCGGAUGACUCGUUCCUCAGCGAUGGCUAUGGUGCUUCAGACAUGGGUCACGAGAACUGUUGUGAGCGCAUUGUUAUUAACGUAGCGGGCCUAAGGUUCGAGACCCAGGUAAGAACGCUAGCCCAGUUCCCAGACACUCUACUUGGCGACCCACAGAGGCGAAUGCGAUAUUUCGACCCGCUGAGAAACGAACAUUUCUUCGACCGGCACCGCCCGAGUUUUGAGGCAAUCUUAUACUACUACCAGAGCGGAGGAAGACUACGACGUCCUCUUAAUGUCCCUGACGAAAUUUUCCAAGAAGAACUCAAGUUUUAUGAACUAGGCGAUGAAGUUAUUCAGCGAUUCCGUGAGGAUGAGGGGUAUAUCAUCGAAAAGGAAGAACUACUACCGAAGAAUCCAUGUCAGAGGUUAAUUUGGACGAUGUUUGAACAUCCUGAGACGGGCUGGCCAGCUCGGAGUAUCGCUAUCUUGUCUGUGUCCAUUAUCAUUCUCUCCAUUUUCACCUUCUGCCUCGAGACCAUGCCAGUUGUUCAAGAGGAAAUCAAGAAAGCAAGAGGCAACCACAACAUCUCUGGUCCAGACAUGAGCGAUGACAUACCCCAGAUUAACGAUCCAUUCUUUAUUAUAGAGACAAUAUGCAUAGUUUGGUUCACCUUCGAGCUAUUGGUAAGAUUCUUGUCCUCGCCAAGCAAGAUCCAGUUCUCCAAGAACUUCAUGAACAUAAUUGAUCUCAUAGCAAUAAUCCCUUACUUCAUUACCCUCGGUACACUAGUUGCAGAUUCUAGGAGCAAGAACCAGUCUUCCUCCCUCGCCAUCCUUCGAGUCAUUCGGUUAGUUCGCGUCUUCAGAAUCUUUAAGCUUUCCCGUCACUCUAAGGGAUUGCAAAUUUUAGGAUUAACACUGAAGGCAAGUAUGAGAGAGCUUGGUCUGUUGGUAUUCUUUGUUUUCAUAGGAGUGAUACUCUUCUCAAGCGCAAUCUAUUUCGGCGAGACUGACCACAAGGAAACUCACUUCACCAGUAUCCCGGACGCCUUUUGGUGGGCCCUGGUCACGAUGACGACUGUCGGCUACGGUGACAUGUACCCACAGACAGUUGGUGGGAAGUUGGUCGGGUCGCUCUGCGCAAUUGCAGGCGUACUGACCAUUGCCCUGCCCGUACCUGUCAUUGUGAGCAACUUCAACUACUUCUACCAUCGAGAGACCGCCAGUAAAGUUGAAGAGGACGAAUAUCAGCACGUCGAGCAGCCCUGUCCGUAUGUGCCAGCCGAGAAGAAGAUGAUCACACCUAGUGACGACAUUGACCUAUCAAUAGGAGAUAAGGGCGAAGAAGGGUCAGACGUUCUACGUAGGCCCAAUCGCAUCGAUUUGCAGAAGACUAACCUUGACCCGGACGCCUCCGAGUGCUCAUGCGUUCACGUCAACCGUUACAACAUCAGCACGGAGGUUUGAAACGGGUCAGAAGACAGAUGAAUCGUCCGAAGGGAAAGUCAUAGACAAGUACGCCAAUUCGAAACUUUGAUGAAGGGCACCCAGGUGCCCAGAAUGAUAAUGGACACAGACAAAAUGAGUCAUUCGAACAUUCGAAUCAGUGCAUUGGCUAUCUCUCCCCUCAUUGAAAUCCUGCAUUAGGAUGACAGAUGUCUUCAGUCAGGCAGGAGGCCUAGAACCUAGGUUUGGACUGGUUCUUGCACCUGGAAUGUGGAUUCUUGUUUGAUCCAAUAUUACCCAUAAUGCUGUUUGUGAACGGUCGAUAGAUUCCUCACGUCAAGCUGGAAACAGCUAAUGUGCUCAUGCGCGAAAGGUGCCUAAAAGUUGGCGCAAAUAUAGUUGACAAUUUUGGACAUUUUCUAACAAUCUUUGAUAAUAUAUUUUUGGUCUUGUUUAUUCACGAAUAUUCCAAAACUUGUACCAUUCCAGUGCGUGCCGCCAUCUUGUUUCCGGCUCUCGCCCGAGAUCGCAGCACGCUACUAAUUCAAACCGAUCGUUCAGUAUGAUGGCGAUUGACCUUUGACCCUUCCAACAUUCCAAACACUCUGUCCCGGUAUUUUACCGGGAAGUUAGAAGUGUUCGACUCUAACUGGUGCAACCCUGUGUCGUUUGGCUGACAAUGGCUCAAUCAUUUCACCUGAAAAUAAAGUUUGGAAAAUAUUUUGGAAAAUAUUAAUUUGGGAUAACUUUUCAUUCUAAUGAAAACAUAGGGUCCUCAAUUUGGGGUGAUCGUUAAAAACCUAUAUAUUUACAAAAAAUGAAAAGAAUGACAACACUGUUGACAAAUUGUUGAAUUGCGCCAGCUUUUCUGAACCUGUAAGCAUUACAGUGCCGCCACCGAAGUGAACCACCAUACAUAAUGCAUGUGUCUGCAUAAUACAUAACGCAUUAAAUAUUUAAGUUUAUCAAUAAUUUCACCGCUCCUAGACUUAAAAUCUGUACAAAAAUUGUACAUUUUUUCCAAAUGGGGUGUAAACCAAAUUUAUUGCGCAGUCUUAAUUUUACAUUUUAGUCUUUUGAGGAAAGACCGACAAACUUAAACCGUCUUACUGUUAGAUUAGUCCACCCCAAGAAAAAACCAGCUCAGAACGAUAACUAAUUAGAUCAUUAUAGUUUGCAUCGACCUUUAUGUGGAUAUGGUUGGUAUUUAGCAUGCAAUCCUUACCUCGGCUUAUCAAGAAUAAUUGCAACCAACUAUAUGCGUAUUCCACACUGCACUGUUUACUGAAAUAUAUAAAGAACGCGUCAGCACCCAUAGAAAUCUCUCUGACUACAAUUAAAGGAUAAUCUGUCCGUCAAUAGUAGAAUACUACAAGUAAUUAAACAACCGAACAGACAAGAUAGCGAUACACCGAGACCGAGAAACUGAACACAGUUCCUCGCUCCUAGGAUAACAAAAAGAAGAAAAAGCUUUGGGCUUGUAAUUAGCGAUUUGGCCUCCGCCAUCCACAGCGUGAAAUCAUGCCGAGAUGGCAGGCAAAUUAUGCAAGCAUGAGACAAUAUGUGACUAAGGUUUUAAGAAGUGCAGAUAUUGUAUGGAAUACGUUGUAAUCAUGGGUUGACGAGUUUUUUUCCAGGAGAUUUGUUGUAAAUCUCCCUUCUUCUGUGGAAAUCAACUGGUCUUUUCCUAAUGAGGCUAACACUGACGUGUGGAACAAUCUGCACAAUAAAUAGAUAUAUACCGACUCCCGUAUUAAUCACACUAUACCGCUAUGUUAGAGGGUCGAGAUAACUAGCCAGCAGUUGCCUCAGUUCGUGAAGUUGCUACUUUGUUCAGAAGUCGUGGCUUGGGUUCUGUCUUAAGACUUCCUGGAAAAAUGACGUCCCAGUUUUCUGAGAUGGUCCUGUCGCACAGUCGGCGAGGCUGGAGAGAUGACCUGUGCACGUCUCAAGGGAUUCAAACACCGACAACCUCCCCUGAACAAGGAGCGAGGACGCCCCGCGGCGUGGUACAAGUCAUGUCCCUGGUUCUUGUCGACUAGGCGAAAGGCUCAUGUCAGGAGAAAGACUUCUUAGACGCCUCAAAAUUGGACAAGUCAAGUCCCAUGUCAGGAUGUGACUAUAGCUUGGUCUCGUGCACACGGUAUCAAUCAUGACCAAUGCUUUAUCAGUUCCCCAAACAAACACAGUAUUGCUUAGUAAAAUAGGAUGUCAUCAUCACCAUAUAUUGUAAGGACAGAGAAGUGAAGUUGAUACAUAAAAUCCAUGUUUAAAUGUUGAAGAAUGU